CCUUGUGCUGUUGCCCUCAUCAACGGCAGUGCAGAGAGCCACCCAGCCCUAGCGCCAAAAGAAGAAGACAAGAAAAAAAAAAAGCUUUGCAAACUUGGUCACACCAAUAGGAAACCAGCCCCGGCGGUUAGUGACUUCACUUCCCAAAAUUAGACGCACACACACACAUACACACACACACACAUACACACACACACACACACACACACACAGAGCACCGCUCAUCCGGCCCCCUUUGCUAAUGCACCACCUCGCCUCGUCCAUGGAGGUCUAGGCGGGGAGCUCCGUGGGGGAGCAACGAUGGAUGGAACAAUCAAGGAGGCACUUUCUGUGGUGAGCGAGGACCAGUCCAUAUUCGACCCCUCCUACGGCCCUCCCCACCUCAUGAAGACAGAGGUGCCCCCUGACGAGGAGUACAACUGCAAGGAGAGGCCGGUGCUGGGGGAGCCGGACUGGUCCAGUCAGACCAGCAGGGGGCACUCUGUGAAGAGGGAGAAUGAGACUGUCAACUGCUCCAGACAGUCCCCCGUGGACUGCAGUGUAUCCAGACGGAGCAAAUCUGGGAGCGACCCACACCCCAUCCCCUACCCAGCCAGCUACAGUGACCAGCGGAGCAGCCCCCCAGCCAACCCCCCCAGCGAGGAGAAGAGGGUUAUCGUCCCAGCGGACCCUGGCGUGUGGACCCAGGACCAUGUGCGCCAGUGGCUGGACUGGGCGGUGAAGGAGUACGUGCUGGAGGAGGUGGACGUGGGCCUGUUCCAGCACGUGGACGGCAAGGAGCUGUGCAAGAUGGGCAAGGAGGAUUUCCUGCGCCUCACCUCGCCCUACAACGCUGACGUGCUGCUGUCCCACCUGGCCUACCUGCGGCAAAGCAGCCCAACCUUCACCUACCCGGCUGCCCCAGCUGUGACCCCUCAGCCCCCCGCACCCCCACCACGGGUGCAGGUGAAAACAGAAUCCCCCUAUGAGGAAAUCAGGCGAAGCAGCUGGAGCGGCUCCCUCAGCGGGGGCCCCAAAGGGUCCCCCCCGCAGAUCCAGGGGGUGAAUCGGACGAGUGAAUCCCCGCGGAUCGUAACAGAUCCAUACCAGGUCCUGGGACCCACCAGCAGCCGCUUGGCAAACCCAGGCAGCGGCCAGAUCCAGCUGUGGCAGUUCCUGCUGGAGCUGCUGUCGGACAGCAGCAACGCCGGGUGCAUCACGUGGGAGGGCACCAACGGGGAGUUCAAGAUGACCGACCCGGACGAGGUGGCGAGACGCUGGGGCGAGCGCAAGAGCAAACCCAACAUGAACUACGACAAGCUGAGCCGGGCCCUGCGUUAUUACUACGACAAGAGCAUCAUGACCAAGGUGCACGGGAAGCGCUAUGCCUACAAGUUCGACUUCCAGGGCAUCAGCCAGGCCCAGCAGAACCACCCGGGCGAGGGGCCCCUCUACAAGUACCACCCGGCCGACCUGUCCUACCUGCCCUCCUACCACCAGCAGAAGGUGGGCUUUGGCCUCAGCCACGCCGCCCAGCUGCCCGUCUCCUCCGCCGGCUUCUUCGGGCCCCCCUCGCCCUACUGGAACGCCGGCUCCGGGAACCUCUACCAGAGCCCGCCCGUGCCCCGGCCCGCCGCCGGCCACCUGAACUCCUUCUACUAGCCGUGGGGGGCGCCCGGCCUGCCGCCGGCCACCUGAACUCCUUCUACUAGCCAUGGGCGGUGCCCGGCCCAUUGCUGGCCACCCGAACUCCUUCUACUAGCCAUGGGGGGCGCCCGGCCUGCCGCCGGCCACCUGAACUCCUUCUACUAGCCACGGUGGGGAGAGGGGGGCGCUUGGCCCGCCGCCGGCCACCUGAACUCCUUCUACUAGCCAUGAGUGGAUGCUUGGCCCACCUCCGGCCACCUAAACUCCUUCUACUCGCCACGGGGCGCGCUUGGCCUGCCGCCGGCCACCUGAACUCCUUCUACUAGCCACGGGGAUGCCCCAGCCUGCCGCUGGCCACCUGAACUCCUACUAGCCACGGGGAGGAAGCGGGUGCCACAGCACAUGGGGGCUGCCUAAAUGCCUACUAGCCAUGGGUGGGGUCUCCCCAAACAUGGAUAGCCACGUGGGAUCCUUCUGCUGCCUGUCCCCACCCCUGUUGCUGCCUCCAACCCAACCAGUGCCUGGAAAGACCUCCCCCUUCCCUCCCCUGCCCCCAUAGUGGGGUGCCCCCCCGCCACCUCAGGUUUUGGGGGGCCAGGGGCUCCCCACUCUGGCUGGACUCCUUGUGCUCUGGACUGGGCGGGGCCAGGGGGAACAGCCCAGGAGGCUGGGAUUAAUUGGGGAGCAGGGUUUUUUAAAUGAGGGAUUCACCGGCAGCUGUCCCUCCCAGAAGGCAGAACACCCCCCCCCCAACCCUGCCUUGCGCAGAGGCCUCCCCUCCUCCUCCCAGCGUGGCUCCCAGCUCCCACAGCAGGUGCUUGUUGAACACUGCGGGAUGCCUGUUGGGGGCUGGCUGAGAACACCCUUUGGGUGAGGCUGCUGGCUGUUGAGAGUGGACACCUGGCAGGGGGGGAGGCGGGUUGUUGCCUUUGGGAGCCAGCUGAGGGUGGACCCCUGUUGUUACGGGAGCCAGCUGUUACCUCCAGACACUAGGGGGCGCUUGUUGGGCGAGGCCAGCUGUUGUGUGGUGGUGCCUGGGGGGGGGGGGGGGGGGGGGAAUCGGCUAUUGCCUCUGGACAUGCAGGGCUGGAUCAGGAAUCCCAGCCAGGUGUCUCCCCCUCCAUCCCCUCAUCCCGGCCCCCCCAGGCAGGGCCCGCGGGUCUCCCCCUCCCUGGGAGAGGGGUGUGCGGAUACAUCCUAGCACCACUGCUCCGCAGGGGGAUUGUAUCCGUGACACCCCCCACACCCCCAGACUGUAAUAUGCCUCCUCCCUCACCCCAUGUAUUAAAGGUUGUGUUGUUAUGUG